CCUAUGGAGCAUGGUUCUACUUUGACAUAAGGGGUGGCGCCAUGAGUCUGAACCAACUCAAUGGCAAUUGGUGAAAUAUAUACAUUCUGCAAGAUUGUUCUGUGCUGUGAUUUUUUUUUUUUAAUUGUUUUCUUGCUACUUUCAGUUUUUUGCUGUAAGUAUUCUUUAAGGCUAGUCUUCUACCCAUCCUCUACAUCAGGAUUAUAACUGCCACCUAGGGGGUAUUUGGAAACUUGGAGGGGAUUAGAGUUGACUUGAAGGUACCCAUGGGCCUUGUUCACAAGGACCUCUUGUCCCACCAAAAUGCCAGUUGUCCUGUAACACUUUCAGAGUCUUUAAUAUUUAAGUGCAGGGAUCAGGCAUAUUAACAACUUUCCUGCCCAGUGUAGAAAUAGAUUUCUAAAUGAUUACAGAUUACUAAAUUAGUUGAUCAAAUAAUUUUAGAUCUGAGUCCUUGGAAAACCACCUAUUAAUACAGUCCAGGCCCGUAGGACAAAGUGAUGGUCUCUGCAGUGUACUCUUGUGGAUAAAGGAGGCCUGAAGAGAACAGUGAGUGGGCUGCAUCUGUAAAUACUUCAGUGAAUUUGAGAGAUGCUUGAGGCCCUAAUCCCUUGUGAAACAACUGAUAAUUUGGUUUCCUAGGUCAUUUUCUUACAGGGAGAAAAUGUCAUCCUUUACUAUCCAAGAUCUGUUUGGUUCGUGUGUUCAGACAGCAGGGCUGCAUGUGUUGGUGUCAUGCCACCAGUGGUGUGGGGCGAAGAUACGCUCAUGUGGUGUUGAGGAAAGCAGACAUAGACCUCACCAAGAGGGCAGGAGAACUCACUGAGGAUGAGGUGGAGCGUGUGAUCACCAUUAUGCAGAAUCCACGCCAGUACAAGAUUCCAGACUGGUUCUUGAACAGACAGAAAGACGUGAAGGAUGGAAAAUACAGUCAGGUCCUGGCCAAUGGUUUGGACAACAAGCUCCGUGAAGACCUGGAGCGGCUGAAGAAGAUUAGGGCCCACAGAGGGCUGCGCCACUUCUGGGGCCUUCGUGUUCGAGGCCAGCACACAAAGACAACUGGCCGCCGUGGCCGUACUGUGGGUGUGUCCAAGAAGAAAUAAGUCUGUAGGCCUUGUCUAUUAAUAAAUAGUUUAUACAUCUUC